CACUGAGCAGCUCCAGUCCCAGCCCGUCGCCUCUUGGGUGGCCAGUAAGUCGGCACGGCCGCGUGCCCACUCCCCUCCCGCCUGCCCUGACGUUAGCGCCUCUUCUCUUCCCCGCGGCGAAUCUGCGCGACCUGUCCCGCCGCUAACAUAGUUUGGACGGUUGUCAGGGAGAAACAAGAUGGCGGCGGCGGCGGAGGAGGACACGGAGCUGCGGGACCUGCUGGUGCAGACGCUGGAGAGCAGCGGGGUACUCAAUAAAAUCAAGGCAGAACUACGAGCAGCUGUAUUUUUGGCACUUGAAGAGCAAGAAAAAGUAGAGAACACAACACCCCUGGUAAAUGAAAGCUUGAAAAAGUUUCUAAGUACAAAAGAUGGUCGCUUGGUUGCUGGUCUUGUUGCAGAAUUUCUUCAGUUUUUCAAUCUUGACUUUACAUUGGCUGUUUUUCAGCCUGAAUCAAGCACACUAAAUGGGCUUGAAGGGCGAGAGAAUUUAGCCCGAGAUUUAGGAAUUAUAGAAGCCGAAGGUACUGUAGGUGGCCCCUUAUUGUUGGAAGUGGUCAGAAGAUGUCAGCAGAAAAAAGGUUCCAGUAGUGGAGAAGUAGCUCCAGUUCUGUCUGACAUGCGUUCUUCACCAAAAUCACCUGAUGGAAGAUCAAUUACACAUCCAAUAUCAAGUAAGAUACCAAGGUUUAAAGGACAUCGUAAACUGAAAAAGUGCUUGGACAAGGCUGGUGAGCAGGUUGCUGAAACCAGUCAAAGUGAUACAAGUAUUUCAUCAGGAGAAACAAAGAGCAAAAGCAGCAUUCACUUUCUUCCCAAUGAGACAAAGCUAGUUUCUCAACCACACAACAAAGACUUAAAUACCAAAGAAAAAAGUGAUCCAGCUGUAGAUGAGGAUGACCUAGAGGGAGAUUCUUUUUUUGAUGAUCCCAUACCCAAACCAGAGAGAAACUAUGGCUGGCUCCCUGAUAAAAAUAGUGAUACUGAAGAAGAUGCAGGAGGUCUGUUUGUGACAGAAGGCAGGCAGAAAUCCACGAAUAGGAAAACAGAGUCCAACAAACAAGGAGGAAGCCUUGCAUCUCUUUCUGAUGCACCCCCCCUAAGGAGUGGGCUAAGCUCCCUUGCUGGAGCACCUUCACUACAAGAGCCUGACAAUGCAAAUAGAAACUCUGUUUUGAAAGAUCUACGCUUGGUGAAUGCAAAAUUUGGAUCGCUUGAAUUAGGAACUGGAGAUGAAGAGGAGUAUGUUGAUGAUUUCAACAGUACCAGUCAUCGCUCAGAAAAAAGUGACAUCAGUAUUGGUGAAGAAAUAGAAGAAAUUUCUGUGGAAAUAGAAGACUUGAAUGCCAGUGAUAAACUUGAAGACCUCACACAAGAUCUUACCAUUUCUCAGUUAAGUGAUGUUGAUGUUGCAGAUUAUCUAGAGGAUGUGGCAUAGAAUUGGAUAGUAGAGAUGUUUCAAGUGCUGAAUUGAGGACUCUUGUGGACUGCUAUUUUCAGACAAUCAUUCUUUGCUGGAAUGUCUGUUCCCUAUUUGUGCCUUGUGUUUCAGAAAGACUGGAGGUGUAGAGAGCUCUUAUAAAAUCAUAGCAAGAACUGAAUGAAAUAGUUCAUUCCAGCUUAAGUCUAAUAUUGGAAUUGUUCUUUGUCUGGUUCAGCGAAACCUUUCACACAAGGAGUUGAAUUUUUCCAGCUGGAUGUCCAUUGCUGGCGAUGGAUACACAAAACCAUCGGUCUAUAGGAGAACAUAACUGAAGAAAUCAGCAAAGCUGCAGAACUUCUACACAGAUGUAUGGCUUUAUAAUGAAUUUACACUGUUAUCGUAACAGUCUGAUUUUUAGCUAAGAUAAGCAAGAAAACUUAAGAGUUACUGCUUCAACUUACUAAAAACUUCAGCAGUCUAUAUGAAAUUUACAUAAUAUCUAAUAAAUCUGCCUCAGUUCCUAGUCACUCCAUGCCUACUUUAAGGGGUCAAGAUUUUUCAGAAGUGACUAGUGACUUUUGGGAGCCCAACUUUGGAGGUCUGUCAGGGGCCUGGUUUUUAGCAUUUUCUGAAAAUCAGGCCCCUUUAAGGUGUCUCCAGUUGAACAGCCCAAACUGAGGCACCUAAAAUCAGUAGGCACUUUUGAAAAUCUUGGCUGAAGUAUCUGUCAACUCUGAGCUUUCUUGUUUUAAUGUAUUUGUCAGACCAUUAACGUUACUCUGAACUACUUUUUUUGUGAUAUAAUUUCAUUAAUGUUAACAGCUGUUAAAAUCCCAAUAAAAAUGUGAGAUUCCCUUAUGAUCCACAGAUCAUAAUACAGAACAGCAAAAUUUCUGAGAAGAGCUGUUUAAUGGUUUGUGGAGUUCAUGUUACUGGGCGGGAUCUUAAUUUGUAUUGACUCACUUUCAUUGUUUAAAAUCCAUAUUUGUUUUAAAAAAGAGCACCAAAAAAGUAUGAAACAAUUAAACUUCUCUGUGUAUCAGAAUCUAAUGACUAAUGAAUGGAUUUAAACCCAAAUAUUUAAAAAUAAUACUGGGCCUAAGAUAUUGAACACACUAAGUUAUAGCCAGGAGCACAUUUUUGUAUUUCCAUUAUCAACUCUUGAAAAACAGAGUCAGUAAUGGAAACAUUGACAGUUUCUUAACCAUACUGUCAUGCAUAGCGCUGCUGUAGUAUAUAGGUCAUGGACAUUUGUAAUACUGAAACAAGCCUUCAAAAUGUGUAUUUUUUGAGCAUUGUUAAAAAAAAAAUACAUGGGAAAAGAUGCAUGUCAGUGAAUAUAAAGAUAAUCACCUUUUUGUA